AAUCCUACUUUUUUUCUUGAAGAAGAUCCAAGGGGAAGGUAAGAGAAAUAUACCAAGAAGCAGAGGCGGCUUUUUAUUCCGAUAAUUUCCCCUUUAGUAACCUUUUUAGCGUUGUACUUCUCAGUUCUCUUCCCUUUCGAUACUUCUCUCCCCUUCUCCCAUGUCCACUUCCAUUUGCAGCAUUCAAAUCUAACUCCACUUUGUGUCACUGAUCAAUGCUCAACACUCUCAGGUUCCAGGUUCCAAGUUCCAACCUCGAUCUUCUCUCUCCUCCCACCGUCACUCUUCUACGGUUCUGUUAUGCCUCAGUAGCCAGCUUAAGGCCAUGAUCAUUAGGUAAAUCUGCCAACACAAACGCCAAAUGGUCACACCCCUUUACACCUUUGGCCAAUUCUCUGCAUCCAAAUCACUCUAUCAUCUGUAUCUGUAAAUGUUCUCUCUUGAUCAGCUGGUCCCUUUGUUAAUUUUGGUUUGCGUUUGUAUGAUCAACACUUAGAAGAUGGCAAGCUAGGAUUUUUACUAAUACCCUUGAUUUUUAACAAUAAGAAAAAUAAUAAUAAAUCUUCGAAGUAGGGAAUCGAAGUUCAUGGAAGGAUGGUCGUCUUUGUCAAAUGGGUCUUCCUUAGAUUGCAUUGGAGUUGAAAGAGUGUUUGCAUUUCAUGAUAAUGAUUGUUUCCUUGUAAAAGAUCAUGUUGAUAAUGCUGCUGAUAAUGACAAAGUUAAACAAAAAUGCUCGUUCUAUCAAAAUUUUCCGGAUUACCUGAAGGAUAGUUGUUCUAAAGGUUUUGCUCGGUCUGUGCCGGUUGGGCUCGGCAAUGGUCAAUUGGUGGAUUUGUACAAACUGUUCUCCCUUGUGAAGGAAAGAGGAGGGUAUGCCGUGGUGUCAGAAAAAGGAUUGUGGGGUAAUGUGACCAAGCAAUUGGGUUUGGACCUUGAACUUUUGGCUUUGGUGAAACUAGUUUAUGAUAAGUAUCUGAAUGAUUUUGAAAGGCAAUUCAGGAACACGUUUGAAGAGAAGAACAUAAAAAAUGGGAAUCAUGGGUGUGAUUGGGAUUUUGAGUCGUUGCCGUUAGAUUUGGAGAAAGAGUUUAGAGGUUUAUUACGUCCAAAUCUAAAGGACAAAGAUGAUGAUGAACUUGUCAUGUUAGAAUCAGAAAAAAUUAGGAAGUACAUUGAUUUGGUUAGCUGCAACAAUGAUACUAAUAUAUUGGACACCAAAAAUCAAAAUAACAAAUGCAAGGAUGUCCAACAAGUUGAUGGUGAUGAUGAUGAUGAAAAAUCCUGUAAUGGCAUUAAGGAUGAUCCUGCUUCCUUGGGUGCGGAAAGUACUAAGAAGGAAUUUACUAAGAACAAACGCAAACGGGAAGCUUUAACUGCCAUGCUAAACUGGAUGAGGCAUAUUGCAAAACAUCCUCUUGAUCCUUUAACUCAACCAAUGCCAAAACCAUUAAAAUGGAAGGAGUAUGAAGGCCAGAACUUUUUUGGUCAGGUACUGAGAGCAAGAGAGGUUCUGUUGCAGAGCCGGCAUGUAGAACGAAAUAGUGGAUCUUCUUCUUUGCAGAAGGUGAAGAUGCAUCCUGCCAUGUAUGAUGAUCCUGUCACUCUUGAUCAUCGUGCUACAGUGAGGUUGAGAUGUAGUGAAAGGCUGCCUACCUCUGUUAAAUCUCGGUCAUGCUCUUGCUGCAAUCCAUGUUCCCCCAAUGGAAAUAGAUUGGCAAGUUCAAUCAAUACAGAGGCAGAAAACUGUCCUCUGGAGAAAAAAACCACACCAGAUUUGUUGACCGCAAAAAUCAUGGCUGAUCCAUCAGGGGAUGAUGUUCGCGAAAAGCAAGUUUCUGUAGGUCCCCUUUUUCAAGCAGAAGUUCCAGAAUGGACUGGUGUAGUUUCUGAGAGUGACUCUAAAUGGUUAGGCACUCAAGUAUGGCCUUUGAAACAUGACACAAAACCUGCUACUGAAACGGAUCUUCUUGGGAGAGGAAAACAAUCGAAGUGUUGCUGCCAAUUUCGAGGUUCUGUUAAGUGUGUUCGAUUUCAUAUUAUUGAAAAUAGGUUGAAAUUGAAGCUUAAAUUGGGUUCUGUAUUUUACCAUUGGGGAUUUGAUCAAAUGGGUGAGGAAGUUUCACUUCAAUGGACAGCUGAAGAAGAAAAGAAAUUUAAGGAUAUAAUGAGGUCAAAUAUUCCCUCACAAAAAAAGUUGUUUUGGAACAACCCCUCCAAAUACUUUCCAAAUAAGACAAGAAGAGACUUGGUGAGCUAUUACUUCAAUGUGUUUCUUAUUCAACUAAGAAGCUAUCAGAAUCGGGUGACCCCAAAGAAUGUUGAUAGUGAUGAUGAUGAAGUAGAAUUUGGGUCUUUCAGUGAUGGUUUUGGGGUGGAAGCUGUCAAGGUUUCAAGUAUUGAUUUGCUGGAGUGUUCUGAGAACAAGCAGUGCACUGAUUCGGAGUAGACAAAAUUGUAGUGUAAAUUUGAUAGUUGGAUCUGAACCAUUUUGAGGUUCAGAAAAUAUUUUCCUUGGUCAGACUAAAACUCUCUCCAUGGUAAAUUGAAUGUAUCACAUAAACUAGAAAUUUUGGCAUAAUAUAGGAGGCUAUAUGGAGAGAAAAAUACCAAGCUGGGGCGUGGCUAAUGUGUUGAGAGUUUGGAAGCAAAUAUGGACGUCUCGAGUGUUGUCAACCCAUAAUGAAGAACUUGCAGAGGCUGCUAUUUAUUUUGUUGGAUGAAAUAGCAGUUUAACUGGUUCUUGGAGGCUGCACUACUAGUGCUGUAAGACUAGUUCUUUUAGUCCGAGCUAACGCUUUCAUUUAUGCUUCUAGUCAGUGUUUUUGUACAUUAAAUUCAUAAAUUUUAUUGGUGGCAUGCUUUGACUUUGAAAUUGAACCUUUUUUUUUCUUGAGCUUUUCCUUUGAAGCAUGGGUGAAUGUAAAUGUGCAUUUGUCUUAAUCUCACUUGAAAUUCAUAAAAGAGAGGAGAGCUUUAAAGGCUUGGUUCAAUUUCUUGUUUUAUUUCUUAGGACGAAAAACACAUGGAAGGAUGGAUUUGCGUUU